GAGAGAGGGAGGAAACAGCGCUGCUCCAAUGCGUCUGUGCAACACAGACUGAAGAAAAAAAAAACUUAUCGACGCACAAAACCAAAACCUGCGCUGCGCAAUUAGUGCGAGAAAACCCACUUUUUCCUCCGGUUUUGAAGAAAAUAAAUAAAGAAAUCAAGCUGGCUCAGUGCGUGUCUCAGCAGCCCACUUUGACAGGUGCUCCUCACCCCCUUUGGAGGACUGUCAACAGCAAGAGGAUGGCAUCAGAGCUGGCAAUGAGCAACUCCGACCUGCCCACCAGUCCCCUGGCCAUGGAAUAUGUUAAUGACUUCGAUCUGAUGAAGUUUGAAGUGAAAAAGGAGCCGGUGGAGCCCGAUCGCAGCAUCAGCCAGUGCAGCCGCCUGGUCGCCGGGGGAUCCCUGUCUUCCACCCCGAUGAGCACGCCUUGCAGCUCGGUUCCCCCCUCUCCAAGCUUCUCGGCGCCCAGUCCGGGAUCAGGGAGCGAACAGAAGGCGCACUUGGAGGAUUUCUACUGGAUGACCGGCUACCAACAGCAAUUGAACCCCGAGGCUCUGGGCUUUAGCCCAGAGGACGCCGUAGAGGCGUUGAUCAGCAGCAGUCACCAGCUCCAGACCUUCGAUGGCUAUGCCAGGGGGCAGCAGUUCGGCGGCGCAGCCGGGCCAGGGGGCGCCAUGGCCGGGGAGGAGAUGGGAUCAGCGGCCGCCGUGGUGUCCGCGGUUAUUGCUGCAGCCGCAGCUCAGAACGGGAAUCCCCACCACCACCACCAUCACCACCACCACCACCACCAAGGGGCACACCACCCCUCCUCCGGGUCUCAGUCCGGCGGUGGCGCAGGGGGAAACCACCAGCACCUGCGCCUGGAGGAUCGCUUCUCGGACGAGCAGCUGGUGACCAUGUCGGUGCGGGAACUGAACCGACAGCUCCGGGGGGUCAGCAAGGAAGAGGUGAUUCGGCUGAAACAGAAGAGGAGGACACUAAAGAACAGAGGCUAUGCCCAGUCCUGCCGCUACAAGCGGGUCCAGCAGCGGCACGUCCUGGAGGGGGAGAAGACGCAGCUCAUACAGCAGGUGGACCACCUCAAGCAGGAGAUUUCCCGGCUGGCCAGGGAGAGGGACGCCUACAAAGAGAAAUACGAGAAGCUCAUCAGCACCGGCUUCCGAGAAAACGGAGGCUCCGCUAGCGACAACAACCCCUCAUCCCCGGAGUUUUUCAUGUGAGUCCCGGCGCUGAAAAGUUUUAAUAUCAGCCCUCACAGAGAAAGCGAAAAUAAACUUCUAUUUUACGCGCAGCUUUAAAUAGGUUGUACAACUUAUGUCGACGUUUAAAUAACGCUGCGCCAGAUAAAGACUAAGAAGUUUUCCUCAUUUAAAACAGUUUUGUUUAAAAGUAAAAAAAACUUUGAUUUAUGUUUCACCACUUUAAAAAACACAUACAUCACCCUGUCUUUAUCACUCUCAAUAAGAAUUCAGUUGCCAGAAUUAUUUUAGAGGCUCUCUGUUUUCGGACACAAUGCAGAAAAAAAUAAACUUUACUGAACAGAUCCGCCCUAACAUCCUCGUUCAUCCUGUUCACUCUAUCAAACAUGUUUUGGUGUGUAAUGAAGCAAUACUCAAGCACAGCAGCUUUAUUUUGAUGUGUUUUUUUCCUUCAGAGUCAGCUCAUUUUGAUAUUAACGACCUCAUUCUCAUAUCAUUCAUUUUUGUCUUGUAAAAACAUCCAAAGUCAGCUGCAGCGGACGUUUGGAGGACUGUUGACUGACAGUUUUUGUGAAGCCAUGCAUGCUGGUCAUGCACGGAUUAAGUUUUUACUCUUUUACCUUUUCUUUAUUUUAUGAACUUGUGUAAAAUGAUUGUAUCCAUUGUUCAACCGCAUCUCUUUUAAUGACUUAUUUGUAAGAGGAACAAAAAAAGUGUGACCAAAAGCUUCCAUCCGUCACAUUGUUUUAUAAAAGUUCCCGCGAUCAUGGACGCUUCUAUUUUUACAGGCUUCUAUUGGAGCCCACACAGAAAAAUGACAUGUGGGGAAUAAAACAUCUGCGUAUCAGUAUUGAUUUAUUGGCAUGCUAACAUAUAACAUACCAUCCAAGAUGAGCAGCAUCGGACAUUAUUAUCUAGUAACAAUAUUUUAUCUCAAGAAAAGGCCAUACUAAAUAAAUGUGAUCAACAAGUGCGCUGGUAAAAUUCUUUGAAUUCAACAAAAACAGAUUCUGAUGGAUGUCCUCAAACAAGAGAGAAAUAGACUGUCAUGCAGAUUGUUGCAACAAGUGAUCCUUUUUUAUCCAUUUUGUUUUUUAAUUUCCUAAACUUUCAUUUUGGAAACGUAUAAGUUUACAGUCAAUCCUGUUGGUGUUUUUCGGGAAAUAAACCGUGAAGUGCUUCAAAUUUUAAAUUCCAUGUUCCCCGGUGUUGUCAAAUUAUUUAACAUGGUAUGCAACCAUACAUCUUUUGUGAUUUCUAGAGCUGCAGCCAAGUGUAUUGUCUGGACAGUACAGUUAACUGGCAUCGUGACACGGUGUUCACUCUUUAAAAUUGAA